CCUGAUUUACAUAGAGUGGGCGGACAAAGGAUGUAAAGCAAAUGUGUGUUUAGAGUAGCUAUGAUAUUCACAUGUCCCAGCCAGGAGGAAAUGCUUUCUUGCAGAACGGGAAUUCACGUCUGGUCUCACUGAUGAUCAAGCGAAUACAAGCCAUACACAAAACCAAGAUUAGUUGCACUGCCAUUUUGGAUACUGGAAUAGGGAGCACGAAGGAAGCCUGGUCUCUGGGAGCUGGGCCUGUGUACCCCAAAUGAUACAUAAACCUCACAGGCGAGGCCUGUGGACCCAUACUGAAGCCUGAGUGAACCUGAAAUUCGGAACAAGGCUUCUCCCCGGAGAGUGAGUCCCAGGACCACACUGUGUGAGGUCAGGGCCCCCUGAUAAAGACCUUCUAUCCUGACCUCCACUUGUACCCUGGGGAGGGGGUUACAACCAGCUAAAGCCUGUACUCUCCCGAAGGCCCCCCCCCCCACGCUUGCCCCCUGCCCAUCCACCGAGCGAGGUCUGGUCUCCCCGACUGCUGUCUCCUUGUCCCCUGUGAAUUUGGCUUUUGUGGGCUCAUCAGUGAAGGUGGCACUGCCCAUCCCCACGCCCUCCUUUCCUCCGGCGCUUUAAGAGCGGCUCCUUGGGCCCCAGGGGCACAGACCCCCAGCUCCAGCAGCAGCGUUACCACGGAGACCCGGCCCAGCUGGGGGAGGGGCGAGCCCAGGCGCGCAGGCGUAGGACCUAGCAGCCGGGUCGCCGCGCAACAGCUCAGAUUGGAGCCGAGGGUGAGCGCCUAGACAUGGCCAGAGCCCGACGCCCCUUCCCCGCCCCCCCGCCGCUCCAGGUGACAGCGGUGGCGCCCUCCCCUGCACCUGAACAUGGGCCGCGUCACCGAGGCCAUUCGCAGGGACAAAGGUCAGAGCAGCCCGACCGGAAAAAAACCCUGAAAGGACACGAAAGGCCCCUGCGGAUUCGCCAACAGCCCGGGCGAGGGGGCAUCAGCACAGACCGCAGCGUCAGCGGGCUGGAGGCACCAUGGCCGUGAGCCUUUUGCGGGACUGGUGCCGGGGGCUGGAUGUGGACAUGCACCGGGCCCUGCUGGUCACCGGCAUCCCGGAGGGCCUAGAGCGGGCGGCCAUCGAAGCCGUCUUGCAGCCGGCCUUCCUGCCCCUGGGUGCGUUCAGGCUGUGGAACGCCAGGGCCGCGAGGGACCACAAGGCCGAGGCCGCCCUGGUGGAGUUGGUGCAGGACAUAAAUCACGCGUCCGUCCCCAGGGAGAUGCCGGGCAAGGACGGGGUCCGGAGGGUUGUGUGUCGGGACCCGGCGGAGGACCCAGGAGUCCUGAGGCAGAUGAGACGCCUGGUGCUGGAUGAGAGGCCCUGGCAGGCCGCAGGGCCCGGGGCCGCCGGGGACACGCUCCUCUCUCGGGCCUGGGAGCCCCGGGCCCAGGGCUCAGAGCCGGCCGCCAGGAGGGCUGGCCCACCUCCCAGGCGGGGCCGCCGGGCUCGCAGAAACAGAGCCAGAGGCAACAGGUGGGCCCCGAAGGGCCAGAAGACCGAGCGAGGGGGACGGCCGCCCACGUGGGCCCGGCGGGAGUCGGGCGCCUCUUCCGAGGGCAGCCUGGGCAUCGCGCUCGAGGAGCUGGACCCGGACGACCUGAGCGCCGACGAGGCGCAGAGCGCGCUGUCCGCCACGCUGCACCAGGCCGCCCAGGAGCCCAGCAAGAAGGAGUGGGCCCUGCGGAGCGGCGCGGACGCAGGCCAGGGGCCCCGCGAGUUCUUGGCCCUGGUGACGGUGACGGACAGAGCCAAGCGGGAGCCGGCGGAGAAAGAGGCGCCGGGGCCCGCGGCCGUCAGCCUCGACGGCAGCGGCGAAGCGCGGAGCCGCCGCGUCCCCGACUUAGUGGCCCUGCUUGCUGUGCGAGACGCGGCCGACGAGGAGCCGGCCCACGGCGACGCUCCCGAAAGCGAGUCGCAGCCGAACGGGGAGCCGGCAGACGAGGCGCUGGACAACCCCGAGUUUGUGGCCAUUGUGGCCUCUACGGACCCGUCGGGCCCCUCGGCCCGCGAGGAGCUGCUGAAGAUCGCUUGGGUGAUCGAGUCCCCGGGCGGGAGCGCCAGGAGAGACGGCACGGAUGCCCUCCGCGAGGUCCUGGGCGUCCUGUCGCAGGACACGGGGGGAGCCCGCGUGAAGGUGGAGGAGGCGGGCCGCCAGCUGGACGCCCUGGUGCUGCGGAAGGCCACGGACGGCGGGAGCCUGCGGGAGUGCCUCUGCGCCCUGGCCGCGCCCGACCCCCCGGCCCCGGCAAGAGGGCGCGGCGUGGCCCCCCUGGCGGGCUGGGGCGACGGCGAGGGAGGCCUCCUGGAGCUCGUGGCGCUGCAGGCCGCGCGGGACAUGGCGGCGGGGGUGACGCCGGAGGCCGGGGAGCGCGCCCGGGAAGGCGGGAGGCGCGGGCGCGCCAGAGGCCAGCUGGGCGAGGUGCUGGCGCUGCUGGCUGCCCGGGAGAGCGCGGCGGCGGCCGGGGGCCCGGAGGCGGCGGCGGAGGCGGCGGCGAGCGAGGAGUCGCAGCCCGAGCCCCGGGCGUCCGGGAAGGCGCGGGCCAAGCGGGCCCGCACGGCCUCCGGGGCCCUGGGCGAGGCGGGCGAGGCGGGCGCGGCCCCCGCCCCGUCGGGCUCCCGCAGACGCCGAGGCGGAGGCGGAGGCGUAGGCCGCGGCGGGCGGGCGGUCACUCCCGAGACGCGGGCCGAGGUCCGGGCCGCGGCGCACGGGAGAAAGAAGGGGCGCGCGGGCGCGGGGGUCCACGCCCAGGCCGGCGAGGCCAGGGCUCCGCGGUCCCCCGGCUCCGAGUCGGCCAGCGGGAGGAAGGCUCGUCGCGGCGGGAGGCAGUCGCCCAAGUGCCGCUAG